CCUACCGGUUUUUUUUGCUCCUACAACGGGCUGACUUCAGGGCUCAGGCAACGGCCGGGGUCCGCAGAUGGGUCCUUUCUUUGAGCAUUCGAACGCUGGACUCGUUCUGGCUCACGAGCCUUCCGACUCUCAACUUUCUCCGUUCAACAAGAAAGUCCCCGGGCUGCCGCAAUAAUCAAUUUCCAGACGGGCGCUUCCGCCAGGCCACCGGCCAACUCCUUUUGCUCGUCGCCAGGACCGAACAACCCAGUGCGUGCCUGGAUCCCACGAACAACGAGAAACCUCAAUCGCCGCGAGCGAAACGCACCAGAGCGGCAACCCUUGACGAGCCCUAAGUACGCCCCGAACAUACCGCUCACCAUGUCGGGCACGCAGUCCUACCAGCUCUCCGAUUACCUGGAGAAGCUGCCGGCUACCUCGUUUCGGAAGCUGUACCAACAGCCUUCGACAGCCUUCGCCAUUUUCCGUCGCAUGCUGCCGAUGCUUGCAAAGGUUUUUGUCCAGGCCCUCCUCUACAUGCCCGGGCCGCUCCCGCUCUCGCAGCUCGACGACAUCUGGGUGAAGCCCGAAGGCCGCAUGCAGCGCGACCGCGCGCUCGCCGCGCUACGAUCCCUCCACGUUGCACAGAUUACCCCGCCCGGCAAGGACAAGCCACAGGAGAUCCAGUUGACGACCAACUUCAAAAACAGCAUGCGCCUCGCGCUCGAGGGCGGCGGCGAUCAUAAGAGCUUCGGCGUGCCCAGCACCUUGCCCAUCGACCCCACCGUCAACAUCGACUUCCUCGACCGCUACUCGCGCAAGAAGUGGGAGGAUAUCCUGCACUAUGUCGUUAACAGUGUCGGGGUAUCCAGCGACAUGGGAGGCGGAGGCGGAGGUGGUGGCGGCGGUAGCAUGAGCGGCAGCAGCCCCAAGACGAGCGUCAAGGACCUGCUGCUGGCCGGACACCUGGUGGACCGGCGGCCGGAUAGUAAAACAGGCAUUGUUAUCACUAAGACAGGCUUUACCUUCCUGCUCGAGUCGGCCAACGCGCAGGUGUGGACGCUGCUGCUGCUUUGGCUCGAGGCGUCGGAGCAGCGGAGCGGCUCGCGCAUGGACAGCAUCGAUCAACUGUCGUUCCUCUUCAUGCUAGCAACGCUCGAGCUGGGGCGCGCCUACGAUACGCAGGCGCUGACGGCGACGCGGCAGAACAUGCUGCCGGACCUGGUCGACUUCGGCCUCAUCUACACCCCGCGCGACACGAGACAGUACUUCCCGACUCGGCUGGCGACGACGCUCACGAGCUCGACAUCGCCGCUGCGGUCCGUGUCCGAGGGCUUCGCGGCGGCGACGGCCAACGCCAGCGGCGACGCGGCCAGCCUGGGUGCGCCGGCGUCGGUGGUGGCCGAGGCUAAGGGCACCAUCAUCGUCGAGACCAACUACCGCAUCUACGCGUACACGUCGUCGCCGCUGCAGAUCGCGGUGCUGGCGCUCUUCACGCAGCUCAACAUGCGCUUUGCCGGCAUGGUUACGGGCCGGCUGACGCGCGACUCGAUCCGGCGCGCCAUAACGUACGGCAUCACGGCCGACCAGAUCAUCAGCUACCUGGCGAGCCACGCGCACGAGCAGAUGACGCGCGUGGCCGCGUCGACAGGCCGCUCCGUGCUGCCGCCCACCGUGGUCGACCAGAUCCGCCUGUGGCAGCUCGAGAGCGAGCGCAUGCGCACUAACGCGGGCUUCUUGUUCCGCGACUUCGACACGCCCGAUGAGUACGCUGCCCUGAGCGUCUACGCCGAGGAGAUUGGCGUGCUGGUGUGGAAGAGCAAUAAGAAGCAGAUGUUCUUCGUUAGCAAGUACGAACCGCUCAGAGAUUGGCUCAAGAGCCGUAAGAAAUAGAUAGAUACAGACAGACUCGCCGAGGGUGUGCGGCAAACGAAUACGACGAUUUUGACGAUGCAAACGACGAGAAGGGGCCAGAUAGAGGCACAUUUGUAUUAUAUCAAUUACGGGAGCUUCCUAGGUAAGUGUUUACAGUCGUAGCAGUAAAUCAUAAACCCAUAAAUACACUAGCGGGCACUUACUCAA